AUGGUCGUUAAUCGUCAUGGGGACAUUACAUAUGUGCCGCAAAAAGCUGUUAAAGGUCAUGCCUUUGCAGAUUUCUUGGUUGCACACCCUCUCCCAACAGAUUCUCCCUUAUCUGACAAUUUGCCAAAUGAAGAAUUAUUUCUUGCUAAAGCUUCGUAUGAUUGGAAGAUGCACUUUGAUGGGGCAUUUCAGUUUGAAAGAGGUGGUGUUGGAGUAGUGUUCUCCACCCUUCGUGAUGACCUUGUCCCACUAUCAAUCUCUCUCCUAGUGAUAAAGUACCAUAAUGAAGCAGAAUUUCAAAUACUCAUCAUAGGCUUGGAGAUUGCUUCCCACAUGAACUUGAAAUACUUAAUCAUUUAUGAAGAUUCAGAGUUGGUCAUCAUGCAACUCAAAGGAGUAUAUGAUGUACAGAAGGAUAACCUCAAGCCUUAUUUCAAUACCGCCAAGUCAUUGAUGGCAAAAUUUGAAGAAGUUGUUCUUGAGUAUCUUAACAAUGAUGACGUGAUGCAAUUGUUUGAGGAGUGCCCUCCAUACCCAUUCGGGGAAGUAAUUGCAGCUAGAAAGGUCAUGCAAGACUCAAGCAAUUCUGCAAAACCUCUUGUGAUUAAAGAGAAAGAGGAAGGAGAAGAAUGCAUUGAUCAAAAAGAUGUAAACCAUAUACUCAAGGAAGUUCAUGCUGAAGUUUGUGGGAUGAAUCAGUUUGGCCCUAAGCUGUACAAUAGCAUCAUCAGGAUAGGCUAUUACUGGCCUCAUAUGAGCACAGAUUCACUUAUGUUUUGGGGUAUGGAUACUAUAGGUCCUAUCGACCCACCUUCUUUGGGGCAUGUUUUUAUACUUGCUACCACAAACUACUUCUCUAAGUGGGCUGAAGUUAUCCCUCUCAAGAAAGUCCUCGGCCUUACAGUGGCCAAUUUUGUGCACCAGCAUAUCAUAUAUAGAUUCGGUGUGCCUGAUCGAAUCACUUCAAAUAAUGGUCCUCAGUUUGGAAGCCAUCACAUUGACCCCCUGGUUAACCAGUUUCGGUUUAAAUGGAAGUAUUCGACCGUGAACCAUCUAGGAGCGAAUGGCCUGGUUGAAGCUUUGAACAAGACCCUUUGUGACACAGUAAGAAAGUUCGUUUCUAACACCACAAGGGAUUGGCAUGAAAGACUUCCUAAAGUCUUAUGGGCUUCUCGUAUUCCAGCUCGAGGUCCAACCCAGUCAACACCCUACUCUUUGGCAUAUGGGGGUGAGGUUGUGUUACCUUUGGAAAUUCAGUUUCCCUCACUCAGAAUAGCCCUUCAUGAUAGGAUGACAAAUAAGGAGCAAGCUAUUAUUCGUUGUCAAGAGUUGGAUGACCUCGAUGAAAAGAGAUUGUAG